CUUUGACAUCGAUAUCUCCCGCCCCCUCCGCCGGGGGCAUUCUUUGGGUGAUUGUUGGGAAGGGUGGGUGGUUUGCCGUCUGUGAUAAUGACAUCUUCUUCGGCCGGGACAACGAGAUCUCCAACGGGAUCUGCACCAACCACCUACCUGAAGGAAUACAUGGAGAGUGUGGCCAGCCUGCCAGGAGAGCUGCAGCAGAAUUUCCUCCGGAUACGAGAUCUCGACUGCAGGUCACAGGAACUUCAUCAGAACAUCGCCGAGCAGUGCACGCUGCGUCUGGAAGAAGUGAUGGCGAGAAAUGCGAGGUGUGGGGGAGAGGGAGCCGUUGUUGCGGAACGGACGGCGGCGAUAGAAAGAGACCAGAUUCUCUGUAUGAAACUCGCGGACGAGAAGGUCACACUUGCCAUGAAGACCUAUGACUUGGUAGAUGGCCACAUAAGGAGGUUGGAUAAGGACAUGAGGAAGCUUGAGGAGCAGUUGAAGAAAGAGAGGGAGUUUCUUUUCGAUACGGCGACGGACAUGAAGAUGCUAGCCUUCCUUGGAAGGCCUACUGGCGAUGGAACGGAUGGCAGUAAAGGUGCAGCAGUGGGAGAAGGGGGGGGUGCAGGGGGCCUUCCAGGAGAAGCUGGAGGAGCAGAGUUAGGAGGAGGAGCAGGAGGAGGAGGAUCUGCCACCGUCACCAGGAUGGUUAAUCUGGAUCUAGACCUUCCUGUUGAUCCCAAUGAACCUACCUAUUGCUUCUGCAAUCAGGUUUCUUAUGGUGAAAUGAUUGCUUGUGACAAUCCCUCUUGUAAGAUUGAGUGGUUUCAUUUUGAAUGUGUAGGGUUGACCUGCAGUGAUAAUCGACCCAAGGGAAAAUGGUACUGCCCCACUUGCGCAACAACUAUGAAGAAGCGAAAGAAGAAGUAGUCUCCCUGUCCUCCUCUCUCUCUCUCUCUCUCUCUCUCUCUCUCUCUCUCUCUCUCUCUCUCUCUCUCUCUCUCUCUCUCUCUCUCUCUCUCU